CUUAGCUACUAUGCAUAGAAUGUGGCAGCAUCGAAAUAUUUGCAAACCAUUGGAUUCCAGUUAUUUUUAUUUAUUAUUCUGAUCUUACUCCAUAGUACUUUGGCUUUGUGCUCUCUGGCUUGUUUACUUUCAUGGGAAUGACAGUUUGAAUAAAUUGACAACAAGCUCUCUCUGACAGGGUUACAAUAGCUAAACUUUACUUGGCUGUUCUCCAAGAACCACGUAGCCCUGGUGUACAUUCCCCUGCGCACGUCCAAGCAGCCCUUCUACACCAGGAAACUCCUGAUAUCCCGAUAAGGAAGUCUUUACUGGUGGCGCAGAGCGACAUGAAGGUAGAACUGCUGCCAGCCCUCACUGACAACUAUAUGUACCUUCUCAUUGAUGAGGAGUCAAAGGAAGCUGCCAUCAUAGACCCAGUUGAACCAGUGAAGGUUGUAGAAGCUAUCAGAAAGCACGGUGUGAGACUUACGACAGUUCUGACCACCCAUCACCAUUGGGACCAUGCGGGAGGCAAUGAGAAGAUGGUGAGGCUGGUGCCUGGUCUCACUGUGUACGGAGGAGAUGACCGGGUGGAUGCCCUCACUAAGAAAGUCAAACACUCCAACACGUUCAAAGUUGGUUCACUUACAGUCAAGUGUUUGUUUACGCCAUGCCACACCACUGGCCACAUUUGCUACCUUGUGACCAAAGACAACAGCGCUGAGCCUCCAGCUGUCUUCACAGGUAAGCUACCGGUAUCUUUCCAAUUUGACUGUAUCACCUACUGUAAUAGAGAGCAAUAGUAAUGGCAUGUUGGCUAAAGCCCAUGGGAAAUGAAUAGGGGUUUUGGAUAAAAGCCAAAAAUAAGAACUGUGGUAAACACAGGCUUAGAAGAUCUUGUACGUUCUCUUCUAUGAUAUAAUCUAUAUCACCUAAUGUCCCUUUGUGAGUUUUGAAGCAUUUAGUAAUCAAAACAGCACAUAAAGGCUUCAUAAUUCAUAAAGGUCAUGUUAGCAGACUGAUAUUAUCUCAUAGAACAAAACAUAUAAGCUCUCCUAAGACUGUGUUAACCACAGACCUUAUUUUCGGCGUUUAUCCCAAAACCCCAUUCUUUCCCAACUGGUUUGUUCAGCCAUUCCUGAGGUACACUACAUGACCAAAGUAUGUGGACACCUGCUCGUUGAACAUCUCAUUCCAAAAUCAUGGGCAUUAAUAUGGAGUUGGUCCCCCUUUUGUUGCUAUAACAGCCUCCACUCUUCUGGGAAGGCUUUCCACUAGAUGUUGGAACAUUGCUGCAGCGACUUGCUUCCAUUCAGCCAUGACGUGAGGUCGGGAACUGAUGUUGGGCGACGAGGCCGGCGUUCCAAUUCAUCCCAAAGGUGUUCGAUGGGGUUGAAGUCAGGGCUCUGCAGGCCAGUCAAGUUCUUUGACACCAAUCUCGACAAACCAUUUCUGUAUGGACCUCUUUGUGCACGGGGCAUUGUCAUGCUGGAACAGGAAAGGGCCUUUCCCAACUGUUGCUACAAAGUUGGAAGCAUUGAAUCGUCUAGUAUGUCAUUGUAUGCUGUAGUGUUAUGAUUUCCCUUCACUGAAACUAAUGGGCCUAGCCUGAACCAUGAGAAACAGCCCCACACCAUUAUUUCUCUUCCACCAAUCUUUACAGUUGGCACUAUGCAUUGGGGCAGGUAGCGUUCUCCUGUUAUCCGGCAAACUCAGAUUUGUCCGUCGGACUGCCAGAUGGUGAAGCGUGAUUCAUCACUCCAGAGAACGCGUUUCCACGGCUCCAGAGUCCAAUGGCGACGAGCUUUACACCACUCUAGCCAAUGCUAGACAUUCGCAUGGUGAUCUUAGGCUUGUGUGUGGCUGCUCGGCCAUGGAAACCCAUUCAUGAAGCACCUGACAAACGGUUCUUGUGUUGACGUUGUUUCCAGAGGCAGUUAAGAACUCGGUAGAGAGUGUUACAGACGAUUUUUAUGUGCUUCUCUGUGGUCCCGUGAGAUUGUGUAGAUUACUAAUUCACGGCUGAGCCAUUGUUGCUCCUGGACGUUUCCACUUCACAAUAACAGCACUUACAUGUGACUGGGGCAGCUCUAGCAGGGCAGAAAUUUGACAAACCGACUUGUUGGAAAGGUGGCCUCCUGUGAUGGUGCCACGUUGAAAGUCACUGAGCUCUUCAGUAAGUCCAUUCUACUGCCAAUGUUUCUAUGGAGAUUGCAUGGCUGUGUGCUCAAUUUCUUUAUAUAUUCUUUUACACCUGUCAGCAACGGGUGUGGCUGAAAUAGCCGAAUCCACUAAUUUGGAGGGGUGUCCACAUACUUUUCUAUUAUUUAUUUAUUUAUUUAUUUAUAUAUAUAUAUAUAUCAUUUGUUGUUGUUUUUUAAAGCCAGGAGAACUCUAUUGAAGUCUGAAUAGGCUCGUGGUAAUACAGUUCCAGUCACAGGGGACUUCAAUCUCUUAAACAGUUCUGAUCAUUAAACAUGAGUUACCUAAGUAAACCUACCGUAGUUAUCAGUGUAUUAUUAAAUCAGCAGAUUUUCAUGGAUGCCCUUUGACGCUUGUUAUCUUCCUGUUUAGGGGACACACUGUUUGUUGCUGGCUGUGGGAAGUUUUUUGAGGGUACAGCUGAACAGAUGUACAGGGCAUUGAUAGAUGUGCUGGGACGUCUGCCCCCUGAAACAGUAAAUAUACCGCUAUCGCGCAGUGUUUAAAAUCAACUUCUAGAUAUAACUUUCUUUACAUGUAAUGACAGCUAAUGGAUUAACACUAUUCAGUGUCUGUCUUUAUAGGUUAGAAAAGGUCAGUUACUAUUACAUUAUAUGUGACCAAGCACGUGUCCUGACAAACUCUGUGGUGUUAACACGACAAAGUUUAUCAGCACACGUGCUUGGUCACGCAGCAGAUGGGAACAAUAGUGUUGUUUGUGUUCCAGCGUGUUUACUGUGGUCAUGAGUACACCGUCAACAAUCUGAAGUUCGCUCGACAUGUGGAGCCUGACAACGAGGUCAUCAAGAAAAAACUAGCAUGGGCAAAGGAGAAGGUCCUUAAUGGAGAACCCACCAUCCCCUCCACUGUGGCUGAAGAAUUCAAAUUCAACCCCUUUAUGAGAGUGAAAGAGAAGUCUGUGCAAGAGCAUGCUGGGCAGAAUGACCCUGUUGAAACCAUGAGGAGUCUCCGUAAGGAGAAAGAUGGCUUCCGGGUCCCCAAGGAGUGACUGCAGAAUGGAGUCUAGUGAAAUCCGUUCCACUACAUGCGUAACAGUGCACUGCGACCUGUUACUAACAACUAUGGCAAAAUAUUUCCUACCUGUUUCAUUCACUACAUAAAAUACUGUAUUUACUUCAUUUCAACCUUCUGUACAUUAGCUUGUAGACCUAAUGCAAGCAUCAAGCAAACAAAAUAUUGUAGUCUUGUCACGAGGAAGACUGGAGAUUGAGUAUAAACUGGAUUUACAGAAUAAAAUUUGAUCUGUAUUGCAGAAGAUUGAUUUAAGAAUCUUGACUUAAGUUUUAAUUUAGCUUUUAAUCAGGUUUGAUUACUGAAAUGUACAGUUUGAUGUAGAGUGAAUACAGUAUUGAUAUUCUGUAAUGUGAAAAAUAAUAUUUUAAUAAACCCCAACUUAUCUGCGGAAGCAAAACAGAACUAUAAAAAGCAGGGAGAAGCUUGAAUAAGUAGAUGUCUUAAUGUGCAAUGUUUGUAAAUUAAUUUACUUUUCUCUGUAUAAAGCUUUCUUAUCAAGUGUUUUAUUACUUUAAUAUGGUAUAUUCACUCAAGACAAUAUUUGAGGUUUGUGUAUAGUCCCUUUAGAGAAGCCAGGGCUACUUCAGUGUGAUUGUUGGACGUUUAGAAAUUCAAGACUGAAGUGCUUCCAAACAUCUCUCAUACUAUAGAAAAUAAGACCACUUCUGCUCUUUGUUAAUCAAAAGCUCCAUAUAUAUAUAUAUAUAUAUAUAUAUAUAUAUAUAUAUAACAUCAGGAUUUUUGAAUGCCGAUGUGAAGUUCGGGAUACAUAGGUUUUAUUAACAGCUCCAUUGUCUCUUUCACAGAAAAAGCAAUAAAGCAGAUGUAUUCUA